GCAAUGUUUUGUUUUGGCCACAUGAUGGCACUGUUACUCACAGGAUAGGGAAACCAAUCAAAACAAUCCCCCUGCCUGAAGGUAAGCAUCUCUUUACAUAUUAAGGAACGAACGGGUCAGAAACAAAUGUAAAGAUCCAAAGUAAGCGUUCGUGUCGACCAUCCAUCACCUCUGGGAAAAUGGCUCUUUUCUAUUUUGGGUUUUUUCUCGUAUCCGUUUUAUUAAAAGCUGCACCCAACUGCAGUGCUGGAUCUGCAGCCUACGAGACAGUGAUAGGCUUUAAAGACAAAGACGUGGUCCUGUCUUGUUCAGAUUUCAACUCCACAAGCUGUAAUCGGCUCAGGUGGGUGAAGGCGGCCACAGAGACCAGUGCUGAAAAGGUUAUUUUUCUGUGGCCCCAAACAUCCCAAACAUCCCAAGAUGUCAAACGUGCUACUUUGGAAACGAUCGAAAGAGGAGAAAUUCGUCUAAAAUCCUUGGAAAAAUCAGACGAAGGACUGUACAGCUGUGAAAUCUCUGCUGGAUGGGACCGUGUUCGGGUCAAAAACACAUCUUUAAUAGUGAGAGAGUGCGAACCCCUUAAACCAAAGAAUGCAAUUAAUGGUGGCUCUGUUAAACUCGACUGCCAAGUGAACGCAACACAUUCAAACAUCUCCUGGGCGAAGAUGAAAGGAACUCAGUCGGUAUCUCUGAAAGCAAAUGGAUCCUUGUUGACCAUCCAGUCCGUGUCUGCUGCAGAUUAUGGUUGGUACCGAUGUUCUUACUCGGUCGGACAAAGUCAGCGCUGCUUUAUGAUCAACCUGCAAGUCCAAGAAGCAGUCUUUGUGCCAACAGUGGUUCCAGAUCCUGAAGCUAAAACAACCCAGUCAGCUGCCACAGCUCGUGAGAUGGUGCAGACGGGAGAGAAGCUGGAGGGGGGUGGGACCUUGGUUCCAGUGCUCUCGGUGGUUUGUGUGGUUGUUGUGCUCGCUGCUCUGACAGGACUCUUCCUUCACCACAAGCAGAGGGUUAGACAGCCCCUCAGGCACAUCGCAGGUCGUCCCAAAGACUUCGAGGAGUUUUAUGAGAAUGUGACUCUUCCAAAUGCAGCGAAUACGACAGACAGAGUCAACAGUUUGUACCAGUUUCAGGAAGAGAGCUUGAGCACUUGUGAGUACCGGUACCGUAAAAAGUGAUGUUUCCUCCAAAAAUGUUGUUUUAUUUACUAUAUUUUAUUCUUUAUUUCAGUUCAAACUUAAUUGUUUUCAACCUGCUCAUGGAAAACACGAAGAGCUUCUCUUGUUUUGCCGUCUGGUCUGAAUCCUCUGAUCAGUGUUGCAUCCUGGUUGUUGAAACUUCUCGUUAUUCUAAUGAAACUCAGAUUGCAUUGCUUGUUGUUGAUUUCUACUAAACAUUUUUCAGUUUGAUGACAGAUGUAGAGGAUUUAUAAACACGAUUAACAUUUUCUAGUAAGAAACAUUUUGUAAAUGAUUUUGUGAGUAAAAACAAAUGUUGUUUUCUGAACAAACAGUUUACUUCACCUUAACUGACAGCCUGUAAUAAAUCAUAGAAACCAUCAUCAGUGGUGGGGGCUUCUCUCUUGAAAGGUCUUUGCUCUUUUACUUCCACAUCCUGAAUGACAUCAUAAACCUGAGUCUGGGAAGAAGAAGCAUGAUGUUAAAAAGGCCCUCUAAACAAACCGGAGGCGCUUUAAGGACAGGUGGGUUUUCUCACCAUUCCAAUUCCAGGAUGUUCAUUAGCUGCAUAAAAAGAUGGAGAAAAGUCAGAUAUUUUAUUCUAUUUUCAUCAUGCAACUUUUAACUUUAAUUUUAUCGUUUGAAUAAAAAAUAAAUAUAUUUCCAAACUUGUUUCA